ACACACACUGAUCUGGAGAGAAAGACGCUAACAUGGCUGCUGAAGCGGAGAGAAGCGAAGUAACUUCUGCUGGAAUUUUUCAGGAGAUUUUCACGUCCCCGCUCAACUUGACCCUGCUCAGCCUCUGCUUGUUCCUGUUGUACAAAAUUUUCCGCGGCGACAAGACGCCAGAUUUCGGCGAGGUGGAAAAACCGCUGCCCAAACUGAAAAAGAGGGAUUUUACCCUGGCAGAGUUAAAGCCUUACGAUGGCACGCAGGACCCACGGAUCCUCAUGGCUGUUAAUGGAAAAGUGUUCGACGUGACCAGAGGCAAGAAGUUCUACGGACCAGAGGGGCCGUAUGGAGUGUUUGCAGGGAGGGACGCAUCCAGAGGGCUGGCCACAUUCUGCCUGGAUAAAGAAGCCCUGAAAGAUGAAUACGAUGACCUGUCAGACCUGAACAGCAUGCAGCAGGAGAGCCUGACUGAGUGGGAGACUCAGUUCACCUUUAAAUAUGAUUACAUCGGCAAGCUCCUGAAACCUGGGGAGGAACCCACGGAGUACACCGAUGACGAGGAGGGGAAAGACAAGAAGACCGACUAGAACAUGACAAGUGGCCAAAAGGGAAAGAUGAGAGAUGCCUUAAUGUUUGUCACCAGGCACCUUGGGCCUCCUUUUUGGGGCCAUUCACAGAAAACUCCUCCAUAUUCCUCACACAUCUUAGUACUUUUGGACCAAUUCUUGGUAUUACACAAAAGCUUUUAUCUCCAUUUAUUCUUCCUGAGGGCAUUAACAGUUAAAUAUAAAAGAUUCAGAUGUACAGCUGUGUAGUUUAGAGCUGUUAUUGUAAAUCAUAUGUUGAUCCUUGUACCAAUUCCAGCAUUUUACGAAACAACUGAUGAGUUGCAGGUUUAAGCUGAAGAACAUGCAUGUUAAAUUACUGGGUUCAUGCAAGGAUGUUAUCCAGUAGUUUAUUUACACAAAGAGAAAUCUAUAAAAAGUCUUAAACCAGAAGUAAGACUUCAAUAAAAAAAUAUUUUUGUUUCAUGUUCUAUUACCUGCAUAACAAGCCUUUUAAAGCUUUCUAAGCAAGUCUCACAUUUCCUCAACCUAGACAAAUAUGGUAAACAAGCCAUAUUCAGGAUUUCUUUUACAGGAGAGCUGUGAUGAUCUGAAGACGGGAUUUUAAGACAUUACAGAUAAACAGUGCUUCACGAGCUUUUUAAGUGCUUUGUCUUGAUAAAUCAGAUUUAAUCAUAAGUUGUGCCAAUUGUGUUUCAAAUCUUUAUUACCAUUGCAGAGGAUGAUCUGUUAUCUUUUACGUUGCUUAAAUAAUGUGGCCUUGCCCUCUUACAUUAUGAUAGCUGUCAUGGGGGAUUUGUGUUCAGAGUAAUUUGUCCCUUUAUAGGUUUUCUUCUGAUCUUAACUAAUGUUCACAGUGACGAUCCAACUCAGCCGGAUUAUAACACUGUGCUCCAUAAAGAGAUUUAAUCUUAUUUAAAUCCGAAUUAGUAACUAAAAUAAUAUGUCAGUAAACACUUCUCCGGUCUCCAAGAUGUAAAGAUUUGCUUAUUCAUGUGUUUCUGUGAAAAAGUACAAAUACAGCUAAAUGGCAACAGUUCUUUUGUUUGUUUGUUUUUUAAACUCUUUUCAACACUAAACAUGUGACAGCAAAGAGUCCAAAACACCUCUCAGGUUUGGGUUGUUUUUUUUAUCUUGGACAAACCAGCCUGAAACUAAUGUGUAACUCUGGUUCUGCCUGGAGACUUUUUCCCAAACUCAAACAGCAACUAGGUCACAGCAUUUCUUGGCAUAAGAGACCUUUUUUUUCCUGAGGGAACAGGUUAAUUUGUAAUCCUGAAAUUAGAAAAUGGUGUUUUUCCAACUGUAGGAAAACUUUAUCUGUAACUCGCCAUCAAAUGAGGGAACAUUUCUGAGUUUUGCAUGUACAUAACACCCAUUCUGUAAUACUGUCAUGAUCUACAAAUAUUUUGAUUUAAUAAAGAAAACUACAAAAGAAA